UCGUGUUGUAUUUUGAUGUAAUGGUACAGUUUUGGUUAUGCUCCUAUUUAUUUUUUUAAUACUUGUUCGUGGUGUGUCUUGUUCUGCCUGUUCUCUUGAUUGAGAGAUUGUAAAAAUUUGUUGGAAGGUUACUUCUCGUGGUAUUCCGUCUACCAUUUGAACUAAAUCAGGCCAUUUUUGUUUCAAGUCGGUUUCUAAAUCUGGAUGAUUCAAUCCAGUGGCAAAGCGGUCACGUAAUUGUCGUUCCAGGAAGUCAUUAGUGUAGCCACAAUCCCGACUAAGACCUUUUAAUCUGUUUGCAUAGUGUUCCAUCGUUUCAUUUUGUUCUCUAGUGCAAUUCCAAAAUUCUGUUAAGGCUCUAUACCUCGUCGUUUUUAUGCGAUAGAGGUCUAAUAAUUUGUUACAAAUUUCGCUGUAUGUAGCUAUAUCGAAAUCAGGCGUUAAAGCUACUUUUAAUUCGUGGAAUAUCUCUGGUGUUAGUAAAUUCAGAAGCAAAUCUUUCUGUAAGUCGCUGUUAUCGAUAUCAAGAAUUUUGCAUUUGUUUUCGAAAAAAUCAAUGUAAUCGUCAAUUCUGAAUGUAUCUGGAUUGUAUUUAUCCAUAUUGAAAUGUUUGAUUAUACUUAUCUUGUUAUCCGUAUCAUGUUUUGUAAAAGAGUCGUUCGUCACGCUCUUGGCUGUUGUAUUGCAAGCUGCUGGUACCAACAAUUUCAAGAUUUGUAAAAUCUGCUCUUGCUGGUUUUGUUGUGCAUGUAAAAAUAAUGCGAAUUGUUCAUCGUUCAUCUUAAUUUCUUUUAACUCGUCGCCAAUAUAAUAAAACAAUGUUUUCAAGACAUAGCAUAAAAUAUAAUAAUGAUAGGUAGCAAAAAUGACAAUGUGUUUGAAGUAUAUUUCAAAUAAUGGAAUAUGUAAAAGAAGGUUACAACAGGCACAAACAUUUUAUAAUUUUAUUUUGCAUUGCGGCUUACUUGGACAUUUAUAAAGACUCAACACUGGCAAAAAUACAAACUGUAAAUGCUAUUAUUAAAAAAAACGAGAAUAUUAAUACUUUUACAAUUUUUUGAAAAAACAUUAUUUUUCCUUGAAAACAAAGUCACUACGGUACUCAAACAUUUAUAAUAAACAAAGUCACUACAAACUCUAUUAAACAUUACAAUGGAAGCAAAGAACGAAUUACAAAAGAAUGCGAUUGCUGAAGCUCGCCGAACAGAGUUGGAGACUUUCCAGAGAGCUCUAGACAUGCAUUGGCUGAACAGUCGGAUGGAUGACGGUAGGAUGGGUCGGUGCUUGGCUCUCAUACAACGAGAAGCAGAGAUGGAAAAACAAUUUCAAGAGAGAACAGAUCAUGCUGCCAUUGUUAAUGCACAAGCAGAGAAAGAGACAAAACUGGCAAUUGAAGUAGCCAAGCUCCGUAGGCAGGAGAUGUGCGAGUUGCUCCGUCGCCAUUACCUCAGGGAACGAGACCCAAGCUUGAGGAACUUGAUGCAGAAAUUACAAGCUGGUUAUGUGUGCAGGGAUUUGCAGCAACAAAUAUUACAUAAUCAGUAUAGGAAACUACAGGAAGAGACUGAAGAGAAACGGGCAAAUGAUGUACUCAAAAAUACACUGUAUAAUGACAAAGAGGCAUUAGAUAGAGAAGAAAGAGAGAAGAUGGAACGUAAUGAUGAAUAUUGCAGGGAUCUCCAGCAACAAUUAGUUAACAGACAAAAACAGAAGCAGUGCGCUUAUGAGGAUACACUAAUUGAGAAGAAAAUGCUUGAAGAAGUUAUGCGGACAAUCGCUGAUGAGGAUCAAAGAGAAUUGGAGAAGAAACGUAUUGAGCGUGAGAAAGUCCGCAACGAGAUGGUUACGUUCAAGCGUGCCCGGGACGCGUGGAAGGAGAAACAGAAGCAGAUGCUCGUGAUCGAGGAGCGGCAGCUGGAGGCGCAGCGCCGCGCCGCCGCCGACCGGACCUCCGCCGUUAUCGCAGAGAGGGAACGCCAAAUACGUGCCAAAGAGGAAUUGAACGAGAAAAUCGCUUCGAAGAUAUUGGCAGAUGAGGCCGCGCGACGAGAACGCGAGGACGUGAUCAAACAGCUCCAAGAGCAGGAGUAUCUGGAGAAGAACGUUGUGGACGCGGCGGGCGACGCGGAGCGCGCGCUGCACGCCGCCGCCGCCACGCAGCGCGCGCUCGCCCGCCAGGUGGAGCUGCGGGCGGCGGCGGCGCGGGGGGAGAGGCAGCGGGAGGCGGAGUUCAGGAAGGCGAAUGAAUCAAAAAUGGCGGCUGAAGUACAGAAAGAGAAGGAGAAAGAAAUGAAGAACAAAGAAAAAGCACGGCAAUACUCCCAAGAAUUACUAAAACAAAUCGAAGAGAAUUCUAGAAGGAGAAAACAAGAGAAGGAGCUGGAAGAAAGUAGAGCACAAUAUGUUUGGGACUGCGGCACAUCUUGGCGCCAAGAAGUAAACGAAGAGCGUAAGAAGAUUAUCACGGAACACGCACCGCACCUGAUCGGCUACCUCCAAGCGGGAGUCAUCGCUAAGGAAGAUCUGGCGGCCGUCCGGGAGGGCGCGGACCGGCACCAGCGCUUGGCGCCCCUGGACAUCGAGUCCAUGGCGACGUCGAGGCGCCCGCACCGAUACUCCAAAUGCAACCAGCAGUGCAGGGUCUUGAGAGAAUACUAAUUAACUAUACUAGAUUGUUUACUGGUGGAAGGACCUUUGAGAGUCCACGCGGGUAGGUACCACCACCCCGCCUAUUUCUGCCGUGGAGCAUGCGUUUCGGUUUGAAGGGUGGGGCAGCCGUUGUAACUAUUCUUGAGAACUUAGAACUUAUAUCUCAAGGUGGGUGGUGCAUUUACGUUGUAGAUGUCUAUGGGCUCCAGUAACCACUUAACACCAGGUGGGCUGUGAGCUCGUCCACCCAUAUAAGCAAUAAAAAAAAAUUAGAUAGGAUGGGAUCGCGCGACGAACAUUUAAAUUAUUUGUAUUUGAAUAAAAAAAUUAUAAAGAUGUUUAGUCAUUUCAAAAUUAGCAUUUUGAAAACACCCUGUAUAUCGGCAUAAAAAUCUGUUAAACUUUAAAUUGUAUCUUUGUUAAUGAAAUAACUAUUCUAUUAAAAGGAAGCGUUUAGUAUAUUUUUAAUAGUAUGACUGAAUUUAUUACAAAAGACUGACUUGUUGUGGUGAUAUUUAUAAAUAAACAUUGUUUUGAGAUUUAUAA